AUGUCCGAUAUCAACCAGUUGGCCAUUGCCACCAUCCGUCUCUUGGCCGUCGACGCCGUCGCCCAAGCCAACUCCGGUCACCCCGGUGCCCCCCUUGGUUUGGCUCCUGCUGCCCACGCCGUGUGGAAGGAGAUGAAGUUCAACCCUAAGAACCCUAGCUGGAUCAACAGAGACCGUUUCGUGUUGUCCAACGGCCACGCCUGCGCGCUCUUGUACGCCAUGUUGCACUUGUACGGCUUCGACUUGUCGCUCGAGGACUUGAAGCAGUUCCGUCAGUUGAACUCCAAGACCCCUGGCCACCCUGAAGCUCACGAGAUCCCCGGUGUGGAGGUUACUACUGGUCCUUUGGGUCAGGGUAUCUCCAACGCCGUCGGUUUGGCGCUCGCCCAGAAGCAGUUUGCUGCCACUUACAACAAGGACGACAUCACCGUGUCCGACAACUACACGUACGUGUUCUUGGGAGACGGCUGUCUCCAGGAGGGUGUUGCCUCCGAGGCCUCUUCCUUGGCCGGCCACUUGCAGUUGAACAACUUGAUUGCCUUCUGGGACGACAACAAGAUCUCCAUCGACGGUAACACCAACGUGGCCUUCACCGAGGACGUCAUCGAGCGUUACCAGGCCUACGGCUGGCACACCAUCGAGGUUGCCGACGGCGACCACGACUUGGACGCCAUCUCGCGCGCCAUCAAGGAGGCCAAGUCUGUCAACAAGCCUACCUUGGUCCGUUUGACCACCAUCAUCGGUUACGGUUCUUUGGCCCAGGGCACCCACGGUGUCCACGGUGCUCCAUUGAAGGCCGACGACAUCAAGCAGUUGAAGGAGAAGAACGGCUUCGACCCAUCCAAGACCUUCCACGUUCCACAAGAGGUCUACGACUACUACAACUCGCUCGCCGCCAAGAACCAGGAGCUCGAGAAGGAGUGGAACGCUUCUUUGGAGCAAUACAAGUCCAAGUACCCAGAGCAAGGUGCCGAGUUGGCCCGUAGACUCAACGGUGAGUUGCCAAAGGACUGGGAGUCCGCUUUGCCAACCUACACCCCUGCUGACAAGCCAUUGGCCACCAGAAAGUUGUCCGAGAUGCUUUUGAGCAAGGUCAUCCCAGUUGUUCCAGAGAUCAUCGGUGGUUCCGCCGACUUGACCGGUUCCAACUUGACCAGAACCACCGACAUGGUCGACUUCCAGAACCCAUCCACUGGCUUGGGUGACUACUCUGGUCGUUACAUCAGAUACGGUGUCAGAGAGCACGGUAUGGGUGCCAUCAUGAACGGUAUUGCUGCCUUCGGUGCUAACUACAAGAACUACGGUGGUACUUUCUUGAACUUCGUUUCCUACGCUGCUGGUGCCGUCAGAUUGUCUGCCUUGUCCCACAUGCCUGUCACCUGGGUUGCUACCCACGACUCCAUUGGUUUGGGUGAGGACGGUCCAACCCAUCAACCUAUUGAGACCUUGGCUCACUUCAGAGCCACUCCAAACUUGUCUGUUUGGAGACCAGCCGACGGUAACGAGGUUUCUGCCGCUUACAAGUCUGCCAUCGAGUCCAAGACCACUCCUCACAUCAUUGCCUUGACCAGACAAAACUUGCCUCAAUUGGAGGGCUCUUCCAUCGAGGCUGCCGGUAAGGGUGGUUACACCUUGGUUUCCAAGGACUCUCCAGAUGUGAUCAUUGUCGCUUCUGGUUCCGAGGUUUCUCUUGCCGUCGACGCCUCCAAGAAGUUGGAGUCCGAGGGCUUCAAGGCCGGUGUUGUCUCCUUGCCAGACUUCUUGACCUUCGACCAGCAACCACAAGACUACAGAUUGUCUGUCUUGCCAGACGGUGUGCCAAUUGUUUCCGUUGAGGUCAUGUCCUCUUUCGGAUGGAGCAACUACUCUCACCAGCAAUUCGGUUUGAACAGAUUCGGAGCUUCUGGUAAGGCCGAGGAUCUUUACAAGUUCUUUGAGUUCACUCCAGAGGGUGUUGCUGAGAGAGCCGUCAAGACUAUCCAGUUCUACAAGGGCAAGCCAAUCACUUCCCCAUUGAACAGAGCUUUCUAA